AGUUUGCAUUGUAUUUUAUUUAUUUAUACAUAUGUUAAGUAAAUGAAAUUGCAUUGAACUGAAUUACGAACUAAACAUGUAAGGCUUUCUUUGCGAGAUUAGAUAUAGCUUCAUGGUUUGAUAACUCAGGUUGGUGAAGAAAGACAUUGAGAAAAAAAAAACAUUCGUAAACAACUUGAUGGUGACAUUGGAAUACCACGGUUAUUGUCUGCCUGACAAUGGCACCGAAAAUAGCAAAACGGGUAUUUUUGAUGCAGUCAUAUCUGCUAUGCGGCCACACUAAAGAAGUCAGCUCCUAACCCCUCGAUGGUACAAUGAACAUAACGGAAUUAUAUUGGUCGAACUGGCGUCGAUUGUGCAUUUGUGACUGAAAAUAUAGUUCGCAGUUCACUUGAACCAUUUUUAACUUGCUUGCAACAGGAACUCGAAUCUGAUCUAGGAUAACAUAGGCAACUGACAUGGAUAUGUUUCCUGGUAUCUUUCUAGAGAUUUAAUUUAUAGAAGACCCUCUGUCACGAUCUAGGCCAUGGCGCUGUCGAAGGAAGCUGUAUCCAGCUCAAUACUUUCAUCAGCAGGAAAAGAGGUGAAGACUGGGGUACUAUCAAUCCUUGAGAAGAAAGGAUUGUUCAAGUCUGAUGAAUAUCAGCUGUGCCCCAUGUACUGGCGACUUGUAUCAUAUGCUGGCCAAGCGUACUUUCUGGGACACCCCAAAGAGCUUGGAGAACUUAAGGUAACGAAGAAGCUUUUGGUACAAGGUUGCUCUACUGAACUGAAGAUUCCGCCCAAGGUCUUAUCAGUUUCCCCACAUAGCAACGAAAAUUUCCUCUGCGUUCAGUGCAUUGAGAAAAUCACCUUUCUGAAGGCUGAGAGCAGAAAACAACGCAAUUUGUGGGUGCAAGCAAUACGCAACACUUUAAGCGAGCAAACUUAUCACUCUUCAACGCUCUCAACAACAAGCACCGAUUCUGUGGAUUCUGGUGACCUAGGUCCAUGCCUAGAGCGACUGCCAAAGAGUGUUCAAAAAACAGCGGACACCGCACCUCGACCUGGGGUUGGGAAGCAAAGAGUGAACACCAGUCCAGUAGGUCAAUUUCAAAAAGAUCAAACAUCGACAUCAUCGAUCACUCAAGCUUUGACGCUGCAAUCUCGGAGCUCUUCCGAGCUGUCCAAACACUCAUCAUUCCACUCGCUCAACUCCGACGACAAGAUGCGAGAGGAAGACCGGGGUAUUUUUGAAGAUGGUACUAACUACAACGGACUCGAACACUACUACCAUCCUGGACCCAUCGAAAAUUUGGCGAACAACAGUAGUACCAGUCAACCCAAUUUGCUAUACCAGGAUACAUACUCGGUUAUCAACGACCACGACCGUCAAUCCGUCUCAAAUGUGGACAAUCUUGGAAUGAGGAGCGAUAAGAAUGCGAGAUUCCAUCUCGGUGGAGAGUCCGUGCCACCAGAACUUCCCAAGAGAGAUUACAGGAAUCGUACACCGCGAGAAGUUCAAGCUGGGGUUCUGGUGAAGAAACAAUCUUCUAAAAAACAAAGGGCACCAAAACCACCUGAUCGUGAGCCUAUUGACGUUUACAUCACGCGUUUUGGAAAUGAGCUCUCUAAACGCGAUGGCGUUAUUGUCUCUGUAAACAAAACUGACCUAUCACCCAAAACUAUCAAGUUGGUGUGCAUUGCUGAUUGCAUCUGCAUCGCUGCACUACCGGGUACCAAACUGCGCUCCUCGCUGCAUAUCGAUGACGUCAUAGUGAAAGUAAAUCAACAAACGGUCUCCUCUAUAGAAUUCUGCUACAAACUCUUCGGAACAACUGACGAAAAUAAGGUGCAGCUUCAUGUCAAAAGGGUACUGCAUGGAAUCAUGUGUCACGUGACCAUGUCAGCCAAUGGAGAUGUCGAUUCUCUGGGUCUCGAAUUCGGGAACCAAAGUCAAGGCAAUGAGGUAACGGCAAUUGAUAAUAGUGGUCUCGUGGCGAAGAGUGGUAGUCCUUCUCGGUCGCAAACAAAUGGUGUUGUCAAUGGUGGAAUGGUCGUGAAUUGGAGCUUAGUUGAGAUAAAUCAGUCACCAGUCGCUUUAGAUAGCUCCCCAAAAGAAGUUUUGGAUCAGAUUCGGCAAUCAGGAUGUGUGCUAGCUCUUGUGUUCAUUCCAGUUGAUGUCACCAAUGUCUUCAGGGAGAAAUCUCGUCAAGUUACUGAGCACACGUCUGAAAAAGAACACAAGUGUUGAACGAUUUCAUGAUGUUUUUGAAAGGCCGAAUGAAAUAAUGAU